AUGUCGCAAACGUUGCACUCUUCGACACGAUGUGAGUGGUUUUGAAAUUUGCAAAAAAAUUUUGAAAAAAAGGCUUUUUCCGCUGUAGGUUUACCCGGCAUCACUGUAAAAAAACAAUUUAAAAUAAAAAAAUUUUCGAUAGGAAAAAUCUCCUCGAAUAGUUUUAAGACAAUAUUUUAAUCACGAUUGAUGAAGAAAUUUCGCUCCAUCGCACAACUUUUUUUCGAAGCCUUUUUUUGCCUUUUUCAGACCUCGGUUAGGCAAACCGGACUUCUCUGAGAAGUUCUAGUGAUCGUUUGAGAGUUCUGACGUCACUUAAAGGAUUCAUAGAAAUUCUCAGGAAAAAAAGAUUACCUAGCCAAAUUUGCCUCCCUUUCCGAGAGCAAAAAAAUUCCAAAAAUAUCUUAAUUCUUUCUUUAAUUUCGAGAAGAAAAGUCAUUCUUGCAGUGUCCAGUACAGCUGCAACCGACUCUAAUAAUAUUGGAAAUUUCCUCUCGCCCUCCCAAACUCAAACAAGGGCCAAUGUGAAAAAGUACCCCAAGAGAAAAGUUCGAGGUUCGACUCGGAAAAGGAAAAAAUUCAGUUAGAAGUUAUUUAGCGACUAUCUCUACUGGUAGUGACACCACACGCGCAAAGAAAUCUUCUUUCCGGCAAAGUUUCGAUUAUUCUCAACAAUUCACGUCGAGGCUCAGUGAGUUUAUUAGUAUUUAUGUUUUUAAGAGACAAAUUUUGAAAAAACCUGCUAGAAUUCUAAUUUUGAGAGGUUCGAUAUAACCAAUUGCGCUUUUUAUUUUGCUCCGAGCUACAGAAUCCUUCCAUUAAAUUUCCCUCUGAUGCGCGUGGCCCUCCUGUGUGUAUGCGCCUUUAAUUAAACAGAAAUUUGAGGCCGUUUUAAAGGCGCAUUGAAUCGAAGCUUUAUGAAAGAGCUCCGUAGCUCAAAGGAAAAAUUCCGGAAAAAGGAUAACUACUCGAUCUUAGGCCUCCCACCGGAUCAGGUCAAUAAGUCCGACAGUUACCAACAUGAGAAACAUUUCCAACGGGUUGUUAUGGGCAGCAUGACUUUGGAGUUGAGUCGUUGGCUCGACGACCUUCAGAAACGGUUUCUCGCUCUAAAAUUCUAUCAUUCUUAAGUUUUUCUAGUGUUUCGGAGGGAACCUGUAAUAAUGAGGAUGAAGAAGCGGAAAGGCAGCCGAACAGUGUGAGUCAUUCCAAAUCAUACAAACGAAGAGAAGGUUAAAAAAUAAACGUCAAUAACUCACUGUAUCAAAAGAAUGCUUGAAAUUUUCGGGAAUAGGAAAAUUCAAAAAGUUUUGAAGCAAGUUGAACAUCCCUUCCCGAUUUCACUGCGACCGCGACCCCCUGAGCCAUUCCAAAUGCGGCCAAUGAAUUUCAGAUUGAUGUGAAUGAGUUAUAGCUAAAAACGACCAGCUCGGGACUUAGAUAAAGCUGUAAAGGCAUCUGAGUCUAUAAAAUUCACACAAUAUUUUCAUUAUCAUUUACAAAUCUUUUCGAAAUAAACUUACCAGAAAAAUGAAUUUAUUAUGCGGUUGGAAAAAUUUUUCGAAAGUUGUUCAGCUUACUCUUUGAUAGAUCAGAGAAAGCUCUCUGAAGAAAUUUACUGCCCAAUUUUUUUUUAUUUUUUUUAAGAAAGAAAUGCCGAACUCAGAAAAAUUACCCAAAUUCAGUUAAAGUAGACGAUUCUCAGACUUUGAGUCGAAAAUUAGGUAUUCGUGAAGGUAAAGGCUCCAAAGAGCUGCAUCGGGUAUAUCAAGAAAAUUCUCGGCUCAAUUUCUUUUUUCUUCCUUAUAGUCGCACAAAUUUCUGAUUUCGAAGUUAUAUAUAUAUAUUUUUUUGAAGUUUGCGUUCAACACUAAGUCAGGCCUGAAACCAGUAAAUUGUAACUUUGAAAAAUCAUAUUUCCAAAACUGAAGUAUUCAGCACGUAGUGGCUAUGAUGAAUCUUACUGGGAAAAUUUCUAGUGGCCACUAUAGAAGCUCGCCAAGGACUACUUGAAGAGGACACUAAAGUGGCCACUAAACCCACCUCUACAGUGGCCACUAUUUUGCGUUUUAGUGGCCACUUCAGUAGUUAUUCAUCCAAUAUUCCUUCCAGUAACUCUGAUAAUUAAAAAAAAGAUUGGACCAGUUAUGUUGAUCCAUUGCCCCUAAAGUGACCACUAAAACGUAAAAACCCUAUAGCGGCCACUAAAAAUUUUCUCAGUAACUUAGACCUCAAAUAUUUCCACGAAAUUCUAAACGGCAAAGUCAAGUUACCUCCCCUUAAUUUUCCCAAACCUGCCCUGAAAAGAUAAUGGAGUAAUUAUUACAUUUAUAUUAGUUUUAUUCACCAAAUUAAAAAAAGAUCAAAAUCAAGAUAAUCCACCUAUCUUAAAACUGAAGAACGAUUCUUGUAUAGAACGAAGCGGAAGCUGACUUGGAUGAAUGUACGACGGCUUUCGAAUUGAAUAGCAAACUUGAAAUGGAUAAAAGUUUGAAAAGAAGAAGUUCUACUCUGAACGACCCUCUUCUCAUUUCUUCAUCCAGUUCCGAGGUAUUUUGAGCUUUCGAAUAAGAAUAAUUAAUUUUUUCUUGAACUAAAACAAUAAUUGUAUAAGAAGGUACAAGAGUAGACAAAUUUAACAUUUUUUUUUGAUGAUUGGAGACAUUUAAAAAUCAACUCUAAGGCUUUUCACUAUCUGAACAGUACCUAAUUGAGAGAAUCGAAGCUUUGGAAGUACCACGAGGAAAUGAACAAACAAAUGAAGUCGCGGAGGAUUUUUCCAAUUUAAAGGAGGCCGUAGCUUUACGGGAACGAGCUGGUUUAGGAAAUGAAUCUUGAAAAUAAAUUCGGACGUUUUUUAGUUGCUCAUGGAUUAGAAAAAACGGGCCCCGAUUGUGCCGACGAGCUGCCUGGCGCCGCCAAGGAAAAGGUAGAUUUUUCCAAAAUCCUGAGCUUCUAAAAUUUGAACUAUUCUUGACCUACCCAAUUUUUCUCGAAACCAUCGGGAACUUUAUAGCUAGACUACAUGUUCGCGUGUUGGUCAGCCACCGAACUUGUCACGGAGUUUGUGCGAAUGACCAAAGGUUGUCCCAAGACGGUCUCCGUUGUCGACGACAGCCAGGCUUUGCGCGAAGCCAAGCUCCGGACAGAUAUCAGACUUGCCAAGUUUCUGAACUCUUCGAAAAUAUUGGUUACAUUUUUCUUCAGCGCUUAUGGAAUCGACUGGCAGACUUUCGAUGCCGGCCGGAUGCAAUACGUCAAUUGGUCGUUGUUCUGCGAGAUUUGCAAUGAAGAACUUCCGCCCAAGUAUCGCAUCAGUACUUGCUCCAAGUGUCAUCGUGAGUUCCGGGAGUUCUAAGAAAUGAAUAAUUCGAAACUUGGACAAAAAGAAAUUAACAAAAAAACUAUUAACAAAAAGAUCUCUUUGUAAAAUAUUCAUAUAAAAGUUUGAAUCUUUCUAGGAAACUCAAAAAAAUUUGACACUUCAUAUUCCAUGAAUAAAGAUAACUACUAUAAAAUAUUUUUUUAAUAAAGCGAUAAUUUUUUUGAAUUGGCGCCAAAACGCGUCGCGACCGCUUUUUACACAAACUGCAAAUGCCGCACGUCGCUGUUUCAUGCCGGGAAAGAUCAAAGCUGCCGACCGGCCGACCUGACCCGUAAAGUUUAAAAUUAGUGUAAAUGUAGAGAAUGGCUGGAGAACAAAAAGUUCAAAAGAUUGAGAAAACACGCCUUUUUGACAAUGUGACCGCUUCCCGGGCCGGGUCAUCCUAGGGCGCUUUGCGGUCGCCCCAGGGCGGCCCGUCUUUUCAGCAGCUCUGAAAGUAAAUUAUACAGCCUAGACUCUCAUGGUGGCCGGGUAUCUCAACGGGUGAACCCUUAUGAAACCCUUUUUUGAGACUUCUUGUGUCAGUUGUGUUAAAGCGAGGAAAAGUUGAGGAUCAGAAGAAAUAAGUGACCCAGCUGUGUUUAUUUCAAAAAUCUGAGACUCUUUUGUGCGGAAAUGGUGCCUCAGUGGUGCCAAAAGUUCUACCGGUGUUUAUAGGGGUCUGAUUCGGGCCUACCCGUUGAGACCCGUGCUAGCACGGCUGUCUUUUAUUAGCAUGAGAGGAGAAACUUCAUUUUUUUUCAAGAACCGCCUCUCCAAGAUCAGCGACUGGUCAACUGUUUGAGAGUCGUUGUCCCGUUGCGUUGGAAGAUUGAUUCCACCGAUUACCGGGUUUAUAUCUCCGUUAGGCUGGAAUCUGUGGUCAGUUGGAACUUUCAGAAAAUCUAAUUUUUCGAAACUCUCAGAAAGACUUUGAACUCGAGGAAUGCUUCAUGGAGAUCAACCUGGAAAGAGCCAGAUGCUGGUCGGAACAGAAGAAAAAGGAGAAGAAAGAUGGAAAAGAAGAGGGGAAUGAAAAGAGAGAUCAGAAGCUGGAGAAAUGGUUCGAAGAAGUGCGGGCUUUCGUCAAGGUACUGAGUUCUGUCCAAAAUCUGAAACUCUGAAAAAAAAACAUUGAUCGAUAGAAACAAAACAAUAUUUUUAUUUAUUAUUUUCUCUCUAAAUACUUUGUAAUAGUGUUCAUUCCUUGCGUAGUGUCAUUAGAACUGAUUUUUAUAUUUAUAACCGUUUGGAAACGUAGUCUUAUCAGGACCUUCAUUCAAUUGCCUGGAAGAAAAUUGGUUUUUUCUGGAAUAAUGCACCCUGAAAAAUUGAUCUUGAUUUUCCAGAAAUCUUUCAUGGACAAGUCAGUUCUUCUCACCAAUGGUUAUGUGAUACGAGCCAAAUCGACCCGUAAUCAAAAACAAUUUUUUGUUUUCGCUCGAAAUUAUAACCUUGUAUGA